AUGCCUAGAUACUCGAAUAAUUCAAAACAUCGUAAGCAAUGCAAACAUCUUGCAAAAAUUCGAAAAAGAUUGUCAAAUCAAGGAUCUACUGAUAAUCCUGAAAAUAUAUCAUCAACUGAAAUGUUUGAAGUAUCCAAUACUAAUAAUACAAGCGGAUCAAACGACAAUUCAAAUAUUACUAUAACUGAUAAGCUUACAUUAACAAAUUUCGAAUCAAUGAAUAUGGAUGAUUCUAAUUUUAGAAAAAAUUUAGAACGUCAAAAUUAUAUUGACAAACUAAUGGAAUAUAUAUGUGAAAUAGAUAAUGAACUAUUAUCUGUUAUAGUAACAUUCACCGCUAAACUUACUAGUGGAUUAACUCAACAAAAUUAUGUUAAGAAUAAGUUACUUACUAUGGUUCUUGAUUUGGAUGAAAAAGAUUUAGAACCAGCAUUAGCUUUACUUGGCUCAAUGCGUUAUACUAAAGGUAAACAAAUUGGACAUAUUUAUUCUACUUAUUUACAAAAAAAAGGAAAAGAUUUUAUUGAAAAAAAUCUCUAUCAUCCUGAAAUUGAUUCGAAUUUAAUAAAAAGAUCUAUGCAAUCACUUACUCGUCAAGUAGAAGUUCUCAAAAAUAAAAAUCGAUCACUAUAUGGCAAGAUAAGCAAAGCUAAACAAAUUCAAAAACAAUAUAAGUCUAAGGCAUAUAGGAUCCCUGUAAUUAGUGAUAAGCAAUUUAAAAUAGAAGUUAAAAAACGUAUUUUGAAAACAAAAUCAACCUAUAAUAUUCGAACAAUUCAAAUGGCAACUCAAUUAUGCCAAAUUGACCGUAUGUCAUAUAAGUCUGUAACUGAAUGUAGUAAAAAA